AACUUGACUCAACUGUAACUCCAACUCGAUUUUUUUUUGUUUUCACGGCUAAAAAUUUAUUGGGAAAUGAAGGCUAUAUUAUUAUAAUAUCAAAAAGGAAACACCGUAACGCUUGGCACCUUCAUCUCGGCUGUGUCGUGACGGCGGCGACUUUUCAUCCAAGUUAUCGGAGACACAUAGUUCUUAUCUUGAUCAAUCAACUGCUGAACUAGACUCUCAUCUAUAAAAGAAAAAUGCAGGGUAGUAUCUAUUCGAGGUGCUUUAGGGCUGGGGAGUUGUUGUUCCACAAAGCAGAAAUCAUGAUUUUGAAUUACAUCCCUUGUCGCCCUUUACAUUCACAAGCACUAAAACCCGCAAAUGAUCAUGCCUUUGACAUUCAUCAAUAUCGUAUUCCUACAAGACAUUAUUCAUCAACUAAUAAAAGAAACCCAUGGGAUUCUUCAAGAACCACUUCUACUGGGUUCACACAAAUCAAAGCAUUCGUUUCCGAUUUCCCUGCUAAAAACCCUAAAGAUGGAAUGCCAAAUGGGCAUGCCAUGUUUUCAACAUCUUCAAGUGAUGAUGGUAGCGCAAAAAAGCCUGUGGUGAAGAAGGAAGAAACCGAGGCUGCUGCAAAAAGUGAUCACAUAUCUGAUGCGAGAAUCAUAAGUACUCUCGCUAAAUACUUGUGGAUGAAGGAUAAUUUUGAGUUCCGGUUUCGGGUCAUUGCUGCGUUGAGUUUACUGGUUGGUGCAAAGGUUGUGAAUGUUCAAGUGCCGUUCUUGUUUAAGCUUGCUGUUGAUUGGUUGACAACAGCAACUGGCAAUGCUAGUGCUCUUGCAGAGUUUACUACUGCCAAUUCUACUGCUUUGGCUUUUUUUGCAAGUCCUGCUGCAGUUUUGAUUGGGUAUGGUAUUGCACGAUCAGGCGCAUCCGCUUUCAACGAACUGCGAACUGCAAUUUUCUCAAAGGUGGCGCUCCGCACUAUUCGAUCAGUUUCACGGAAG